AUGCAUAGUUGUCCAUACUGUACUAGUUUUCUUGGUAGAAGCUUCAAAAAGUUAUUACAUCAUAUCAAAUUUAUUCACAGUCAUGAACCAAACUUUAGCAUCACAUGCAGACAAUGCGGCCAGUCAUUUCGAAAAUUCAAUUCGUUCAAAUCCCAUAUCCAGAGAGAAGAGAAGAAGAAUGCACUGUUAAAUUUUGCGAACGUAAGUGAGCAAGGCGAUGAAGACGUAGAAGAUGAAAACUCUGAUGAAGAAGAUGGAGAAGACAACGAUUCAAAUGAAGACACAAACUACGUCGACGAUAUGACAAGAUUCUUGGCACUGUUUAUUUUAAAAACCAAAGAAGAAAAUCAACUAAGCCAACAGACAAUCAAUGCUAUUCUUGAUAAUACAGGAGACCUAGUGGACAGUAGCUUAGUGGAAAUGAAAAACAAAGUGGUGGCAUGCCUUCAAAGCAGUGGAAUAGAAAUUGCUGAUGUUGAGGGCCUAUCUGGAGUACUUGAUGAGCCAAGUAUCUACUCCCAAGCAAAACAACGUUUGCAGAAUGAAUACCAACAGAUGAAGUACUUUGUUGAGAAUUUUAACUUUGUGGUAAGUCCUUAGCUUAUGUCCAGGCUUUAAUAGAUGUGAUUAGAAGAUAUGGGACAAAUUAAUGUAUUUUAUCACUUGUGUUAACUUGCUUUAAAGUCAUCUUAAUUAGCCUUCUUAUAAACACAUGCAUUACCAAAAUAAUAUAAAUAUAUUGAUUAUUAUGCUGAUAUGAGUUUUAAUAUAUAUAGGAGCCACAGGAAGUCAUCCUCAAUCAAUAUGCUGAAUAUCGCUAUCUGCAAGGCAAGCAAAAACUCUGCCUGGUCAAGGAAACAUUUCAUUACAUCUCGAUACUGAAAACCCUACAAUCUUUGCUCAAUCAGGCAGAUGUUUUAUGUGAGGUAAGCAUCCUAUUUGAUGUAUGUAGAACAGGGAAUAUAACAGGAACUGCAGAGAUGGGUAGGGUUAGGUUUGCAUUUUCUGAUGUUAGCGCCCCCCCCCCCCACACACACACACACUUGUUAGGAUGCUGUGCAGUCCCUGUAUAGAGCAGCUUUCGUAUGACUGUGAAAAGUUCAGUGCCGUGAACGUGUCGUGUCGUAACGUAGGAUUUUAAUUGGCUGGAUUUUCUUUUUUUGCGCGAUGUGAUUGGCUAAGCAGUGCCGUGUCCGCGUAGUGACAGUGUCCGUGCAGUGUUUCGUGCCAUGUUUCUUGCAUUUGAUUGGACGAGGAGUGCGUGUCUUGCAGUGACCGUGAUGUUUUCUAGAUUUUUAAUUGGCUGACUCCUUCCCAUGACAUUGUUCAUGCCGUGAACGUUUCACAGUCAUACGAAAACUGCACUAAUAGUUAUAUUGAAACACUUCAGUGUAUGGGUUACAUGUUUUUAUGGAGGAACUUGGGUGUGGUGAUUUGGAAAACUCUUAGUUUUUGUGACAAUUUAGAUAUCAUUUUGAAGUUGACAAUAUUGAAUCAAUACCAUUAUUUUACAUGACAGUCCCUCUAAUAACAAAUUACUUGUGGCACAUUUCAAUAAUUUGGGUACUUUUGUAGGUUAUGAAUGGUCAUUCCUCAAAUGAUGGAAUUCUAAGAGACUAUUGUGAUAGUGAACAGUACAAAAUGCAUGCUCUUUUUGGACAACCUGGUAAUGCACUACUUCUUCAUUGUUACUAUGAUGAUUUUCAAGUAACAAACCCGCUUGGAUCAAAGACAAAAAAACAUAAAAUAGGUAUGCUUUUCAAUCAUGUAUUUACAGGCAUGUAAACUAUUACGUGUUUUGUUAGGUUGCUGUUAGCAUUAAUAAUUAUCAUGAACAUUAUUAUUUAUUGACUGACAAUCUCCUGUUUUUGUGUGUGUGUGUGUGUGUGUGCUUGUUGAUGGUGUGUUUGCAGAUGAUGAAAAAACAAAACUACAACCAAACUAUCCACAAGAUAUUAAUUGCAUGUUUGUCAUGUUUAAACAAUAUCUGGCAGGGAAAUUUUGAGAAAUCUCUAAAAACUGAUCUUUUGGGGAUAUCCUAUUCACUUAUGAAUGUUUAUGAGGUUUGACAUGCAACAUCCACCAUCCUAAAUUUCAAUCCUGUUCAAUAUCAAAAUAUUGAAUGCGUACAUGCAAUGAGAGUAAGUUCCCUCAAAUGUGCAGUGUAAAAUAAGUGCAAAUGUAAGGUCUGGUUCAUACGACGUGCUUCUGUUGUGCUGCACAAUAGCACAUUUGUGUUGACCCAAACUAAAGAAGGUUCAGCCUUGAUUCAUACGUCAUACCUAGUAUGUUGAGCCAAAUACCUUAAACAUAAAUAGGUGGUAAAAACAGUCAGCAGAAUUAAAGCAGAAUUGAAAAAUAUCAAAGGAAAACAUUGUUUGAGGUAUGCAUUUGGUUUGGCACAACAUGUUAUGACUAUUGCCAUUGAAAUUGAUUUUUUUAUGAACAUCAGGAGCCUUUUACUUCAAUCUGGGAAAUCUUAGUCCAGAAUACCGUUCUGUUAUCAACUCAAUUCAGCUAAUUGCUUUGUGCCGAGUACCGCUCAUAAAAAAGUAUGGAAUGAAUAGGAUACUGCAGCCAUUCAUGCAAGACCUGCAUCAACUAGAGGCAGUAAGUAUAUUGUAGCAUACACUUAACUGUCACCUAAAUGUAAGUUCAACCAUAUAAAAAUAAUUAAGUGCACAUUGUCAUUAAUAUUAAUUUAUAAUUUAAUUAAAAAUAUGUAUUUGUUUUCUUCCUAGGAUAGAGGUGUAACAUUUUGGAUAGAUGAACAAGAAAGAACAUUCAGUGGUUCCAUUGGACCUUAUUCAAGUGACAAUCUUGGGGCACAUUCUCUUGGUGGUUUUCAGGAGAGCUUUUCUGGUCUAAGGAUUUGUAGAAUUUGUAUGGCAACUAGAGAAGACACUAACACAAAGGUAGUAGUAGUAGUGUGCAUGCAUUUUUGGUCAUUAUUCAAUGUGUCAAGUGUAAAAGAUUAUUUACCGGCAUUCUAAAUUUUGUUACAAAUAAGUUUAGACUUUUGAUCAGACCCUGUGUCAAUAGUGUUAAUAUGAGUCUACACUUCAAAGUUCAUGGACUUGAGAUGAAUAUACUAUUAUACAACUCAUAUUGUGAAUGUCACAUUGAUAUUAGUUUACAGAAGCAGAUUUUCAAAUUAGAACAAGAGCAAUCCAUGACAGACAUUGCCGGCUUGUAGAAAAUGAUGCAAAUCUAGAAGCAACUUAUGGGGUAAAAACAAGAAGUGUUCUCAACCAGUCCCGUUACUUCCACAUUACUGAUGGACUUGUUCUUGAUGUCAUGCAUGACCAACUUGAGGGAGUGCUGCCCUAGAAGUCAAGAUUCUGUUACAGAAGUACAUUCAAGAGGAAAAUUAUUUCACACUUGAAAUUGUGAAUGACAGAUUAGAAAGAUUGUGGUAUCCUCAAUCUGAUGCUAGCAAUAAACCAAGUCCUAUAAAGCCGCAGUCAUUGGCAAACAAUUCAAUGAGGAUUUCACAGUCAGGUUAGGAGAAUGAUGUUUUGCAAUGGUUGAGUUACAUAUUACUAUUAUAUAUUAUGUUAUAUUUUAAAAAAAAAGAAAUAUACAAAAAUAUAUAUAAAAAGGCUUUGUUGUAUACUAAAAGUACAUGAUAAUUUCAUAUUCUUUUCUUUCUUUCACCAGCAGCUCGGAUGUGGUGCCUGGCAAGAAUGUUUCCUAUACUUAUAGGAGACUUGAUUCCACAAAAUGAUGAGCACUGGGAAAACUUUUUGCGACUACUGAAAAUUGAAGAAAUUGUUUUUGCUCCUAAAGCAACACCACAGCUGGCUGCAUAUCUUGGAGUUCUCAUAGAGGAGUACCUAGAGGACUAUGUCAACCUCAAUGACCGGCUUCCAAUCCCAAAACAGCAUUACAUGGUGCAUUACCCAAAUCAAAUUAUCAAGUAUGUCUUUUUAUAUUGAAAUUGUAAGCAUUGUACAUUUUGUACUACUGGGGUUAGGGAAGGGUAUUACCACUUUAUCCACCUUUCAUAACUUUACAUACCCUUUCAAUAUAUGUAUUAUUAGCCCACUCAGACUUCAUCAUGCUGAUUAUUUAAGUUUUCUGAAACUUGCAGUGCAGCUUAUACAUGGGUAUAUAAUGCAGUAUUACUUAUAGUUUUAUGUGAUGUUUAAUGAAUGAGCAAUAAUGUCUUAUCAGGUUUAGAAGCAUGAGGUGCAGCCGAGUGUUUUUAGACCUCAUAAUUAUAAGAUUUUGGUUCCACUGGAGCCACCAUACAUGGACUUUCAUACUUCAAUAGAUAUUUGACGUCACAGGCAUGUGCGAGUAGCUCUAAAAGAAACUCCCACAUGCUCAAUAUUCUAUACAUGGCAAUCUGGAAUUUUAGGGUGUGAUGAGACCUUGAUGAGGCUCUAAGUCUUCAUCUAAACAUGGACAUAUACUUCCUCUCAGAUAAAGUCAUCUGUCUUAGUGUUCUUUAUAUAAAGAAUACUAAUGAAGGUAAUUUUUUUUAUAUAAAGGUUCAUCUAAAAGAUGGACUUAAAGGGGGACAUUAUCGAGUAUAAAGGUCCAUGCAUGUAAUAUGUAUGGUGUAUCCAGUUGGCCCAAAGGCUUAUGAAUUAUUAAUGAGUUUUUUAAUAAUAUCUAGUAAUCUUCCAUUUACAGAAAUGGUCCCCUAGUAAGAAACUGGGCCAUGAGGUUCGAGGCCAAACAUAACUACUUUAAAAAGCUGGUAGACAACAUCAACAAUUUCAAAAAUAUCACCUAUUCCUUGGCUAUGAGGCAUCAAGCCCUUCAGACUUAUCGAAUGCAAAGUUCACAAGGCAACUAUUUGAGAGUGUCUUUGGAAAUUGGACCUGGUAAGGGAGCCAUCAUUAAUUACUGGGGGGGGGAGGGCCAGUAAAAUUUCUAAACCUUCAUCCCAAGAAAUCUUGUCCUCCCCAAAUCAAAGCCUUGUCCCUCUCCCUAAAUGCUGGUCCAAAAUUUUUUGGCCCUUCCCAAAUCAAAGCCCCCUAAACUUACCAGCCCUCCCCCCAGUAAUUAAUGACCUAAGCAUUAAAUUAAUUUAACCCCAUGUUCAAUGUCAUUGGCUAAAUCAUGAGAGUUUCCUUUAAUAUAUAUAUAUAUUUUAUAUAACUUUUUAGCUGUUGGAAGGGUAACAACUGUUCAAGAAGCAGGAGUAGAAGAUGAGCUGCAAGAGGCAGACCCCCAAACUAAAGGCGACAGUUCACUGACACGCACAUCCUGGGUUAAAGUUUAUGGAACCAAAUACGUAAAGGGCGAUGUUAUUGUAAUUGACUACCACCAUGGCUUUCCAAUUUUGGGAAAGAUCCAAAAGGUUUUGGUUGUUGAGAGACACAUAGUUUGGUUUCAGUACCUUAAAAUAAAUGUUACUGAAUUUGUCUGUCAUUUAAAUGCUUUUAAAGUUCAGCAACUGAACGAAAUAAGAUAUAUUAAGCAAUCUGAGCUUCUAGAUUAUUACCCCCUUGGUCUCGUUAAGGGAUUUGGUUGCUAUGCCAACCAAGUCUUCGUGACAUUGAAAUACAGAUUGGAUCUUAUGCAGUAA